AUGGCGCAACCGUACAAAGGUCCCUACCGCAAAUUGAUUAUCGCCUUCGACGUAGGCACCACAUUUAGUGGUAUUGCCUACUCGCUCCUCGACCCCGGAGAGGUACCGCAAGUGCAUGGCGUUACUAGAUUCCCUGGCCAGGAAAAUGCUGCAGGCGACUCCAAGAUACCCUCAAUUCUGUAUUAUAAUCUCGAUGGCUCCGUCCGAGCUGUUGGGGCAGAAGCUGCGCUUCCUCACCUCGCCUUGGACGCGGAAGACGAGGGUCUACUUUUCGUCGAGUGGUUCAAACUACACCUGCGUCCCAGUGCUCUAGCAUCAGAGGACGCCAUUAGGGCCCGAGUGCCGCCGCUUCCGCCCAACAAGUCGGUCGUCGAUGUCUUCGCCGACUUCCUUAGAUAUCUCUUUGCGUGUGCACGGAGAUACAUCACCGAGUCACACGGAAAUGGGGAGAGCCUAUGGAAGUCGGUGGAGAACAGCAUCGAGUUCGUGCUCACGCAUCCGAAUGGCUGGGAGGGCAACCAGCAAGCAAAAAUGCGGCGCGCCGCCAUCAUGGCCGGCCUUGUCCCCGAUACUGCGACAGGGCACUCGCGCGUGCACUUUGUCAGCGAAGGCGAGGCCAGCUUGCACUUCUGCGUCCGCAGUGGACUGGCCACGGAGACCGUUCAGAACGGGAAGACAGUGAUGAUCGUGGAUGCGGGAGGGGGAACGGUUGACUUGAGCACGUAUACGUUCACCACCAUCUCCCCGAUGUCCGUGGAGGAAGUCGUUGCCCCUGACUGUAUACCAGGCAUCAUGCAGGGAUCCACUACUGUGAACGUCAGAGCGCGCAAUUUCCUGCAAGCGAAACUAGCGCGCUCCACCUACAGAAACGACGAAGACAUCAGAACCAUGAUGGAUGCCUUCGAGAAGUCGGCGAAGCCCAUCUUCAAAGAUGCAGGAGAGUCUGCGUAUAUCAAAUUUGGAUCGAUGGGGUGCAACGAUCCUGCCGUCGGGAUCCGUCGCGGACAGCUGAUCCUGGCAGGGAGCGAUGUCGCAUCGUUCUUCAGGCCUGCAGUUUGUGCCAUCGUUGACGCUGUAGAGAAACAAUCCAAAGCCAUAACGGCUGCGGGUGCACUCACGACAGUAUUCUUGGUUGGCGGAUUCGCGGCGAGCCCAUGGCUGUACUCGCAGCUGAAGGACGCGCUGUGCGCCAGCAGCUUGAAUGUCGCGCGUCCGGAUCGCCACACGAGCAAGGCGGUCGCAGAAGGCGCCAUCCUGCACUACCUCGAGCAGUGGGUAUCUGUCCGCGUCACAAGGAUCACGUACGGCGUCGAGUGCAUCACCGAAUACAUUCCCUUCGACGCAGAGCAUGUCAAACGGCGAGACAGUGUGUUUUCAGGGCCAUCAGGGGGGCAAGUCCUCCCGCACCGUUUCUCUGUGAUUCUUCCAAAGGGUAAACGUAUCCAAGAAAACGAAGAGUUUUCGUAUAAGUAUUUCUGUGAAGCGCGUGAGGCGUCGACUUUGAACAGCAUCUCUGUCGAGAUUACAUGCUAUAGAGGCAAGUCCACGGCACCCUCAUGGACAGACAGUGAGCCCGAGAUGUUCUCGACCUUGUGCACAGUGCACGCAGAUACAUCGCGGGUCGGGAAGGCAAAGCAAAAGGGGAAGAAAGGCAUAUACUAUGAGCUGAAAUACAAGGUCGUUCUGCUGUGCGGCCCGACGGAGCUGAAGGCGCAGAUCAGCUGGGUAGAGAAUGUAAGCGGCUAG